GUUCGCGAACGGACGUACUCAUCGUGGCCUCUUGGAGAACGCUGUCGUCAUCCGAGAAUAAACAUCGAGAUAGAGACACGCGUGAUACUACGCCGCCAAACCAACAUCGCAAUCCCCUAACGGCCUAGAGCCAGAGACAGGCACGGGGAUCUCGUUUUCCUAACGAAAUCGUCCUAACUUAGGACAAGGCCGAUCAGCUCUCCGCUCUUCUCGGUCCUGGCCCAAGACACUCUGAUCCACGCCGGAUCGGUCCACCGAGUCGAACUAGAUCGAGGAUCGCUCGGAGACGAUCCAAGCGCUCGCGGUGACCUCGGAAGAGCGUGCACCAAGGUCGUCGCGCGCGGCCGCGAUCAAUGAGCAUCGCCACGUGACGAGACUCGUGGUGUUGCCCGAUCCAACAACUCCAGCCGCUCCAACAGCUCCCACGCUUCCGAGAUCGGUCUCCGCUCGAUCGCCCAGAGAUCGCCCAAAGGUCGUUCAGAGGUUGUCGAAGGACCAUCUAGAUCCCCGGUGGAAGCGGGGCACGAUCGCUACGGCACGUGGAAAUCUCGGUUGCGACGUCUGCGUCCGGUUGAUUAAGGUUUCUGCGGGACUCUGUGCUUUGUGUAGAGAACGAUCGGUUGUCGCCGAUCGAUUAGAAUUCUCCGACGAUCACGGACAGUUCGCGGCUAGGUAUUCGCGGCAACAGUGACGAGGAGAGAAAGACUAGUGGAGGAACAAAGGAGGAACAGUGAGUGCAGUGCGAUCUGUGCUAAGGAGACUUUAGGGACUACGACGCGACAUAACAACAUAAUCGUAAACGUAAACGAAAACGUAAACGUCAGGUGCUUGAGCAACGGCUGAGAAGAUUCUCGACCUUCGACUUAGCAGGCUGGUGGUAAUCUGUGUUCGUGAUCGCGACUCCGAUCAGGAGUAGCCAUCGACGUACAUGAGAGAAGGACAUGAACUACUCUCAAGGGAAGGGACGGCUUUACCCGGCCUACAGUCUAAGCGGCAGCGAGGGUGAAGAAAAUUCGCCAAGUCUGCGCGGCCGAACCCCCGACUACCCUCAAAAUAAUCACCAGACCUCGCAAUCGCACCUGAACCACUACAACGUCGGUAAGCACAAACAACGCGGCUACCAGCAGCAACAACAGCAUCCUCUCUAUCAUAUGCCCAACACUGGCGCUGGAUUGAGUGACACACCGACUUCGGGUAACGCGUCCGACGAAACUCUCACCGACAGUGACCUAAUCACUGUUGCUCGUGACUCUGCUCUGCUCGUUCAUAACGGGUGUUUGUUGGAUAAUUCGGCGCCGCGGGGGCCACCCGAUGUGCCUCCCCGUAACCCUACAAUGAGUCGAGUCAACGGAAGAUUGCCAGGAAGUCACGCAGCCAGCGACCACGAGCGUGAUCCCGACCUCCAGCCGUCCUGUCUCGUACGCACCUCAUCCGGUGGCUUCUACAGUAUACCAAAGAUACCCAAGAAUGAGUACAACAACAAGAACCAGUCCACGGGGGAUAGUCCAAUAAAGGUCGAGCUGCAGACCAACAUGGACAGGGUACCCUUACCCUACGGCCACGCGCCCUCGAUGAUCCCAAUGAGAAGACAGAGCAUCCGUUGCCAUUUCGUCAAAGGUGUCGAUUGGUGCACCUGGAAGUUGAUCGCUAUGAUUCUCCUCAUAAUCUCGGUGUGCAUAACGUCGGUGCUGGCCUACGUUGUUGUGUCGAGCAUAGUGACCCCGUCGUACCAGAACUCGAAAACAUGCACGGUGAUGGUCGGCGACAACGCGGACACGAAAAUGCUGUCGACCGAGGCGAACAAGACGUCCUCGACAGCGAUCUCGACGUCGUCGCAGUCCGGCAACCGGAAGGGGCAGCAGACGUCCUCAGGAGGUAGUAUUAACCCACCGGCUAGCAUGCUAGAGCACGCGCACAUCCGUAAUCGUAGGGACACCUUUAACCAGCAUGCGUUGCACCAAACUGUCGCAUCCCCUAAACACCUCGAAGAGUCGCCUUCGACAGAGGUCGAAGCCUCCGAGCGACGAACGACCUCGUCGGACGAGGAUCGUUCCGGUAAGGUUGUUGUGCAUGAGACUGCGGUCGCCGAUGAUCCCCGGGUGAAGGACAACGACGUCAACGAUGGGAGAACGUUCGGAGGAGAUCGGUCGGGAUCGACCGAUCCUUCGGGGACGACUGUCCCGAGCGUCUCCGACUCUUCGAUCGCUGACUACGCGCACGAUUCGGCUCCCACCACUGUCUUCGUAGAUCCUACCUCUGUUGCUUCCGACCGUUUUUCCGCGUCUUCGUCAUCCUCAGCCCCCACCUUACCCUCCGAUUCGUCCAACGAGCCGACAAGGCUGUCUUCGGAGGCCUGGACCAGCGAGGAUACGUCUACCACCGGUGCCAACACCGAUCCAGUUACCACCGAAGAUCCCGAAGCCCCUUCGACCACCGUGUCCUGGUCCGUUGUUUCCACGAGCAGCGAGAGUUUCGAAGACUCGGAGGAAAGUGCCGGCACGACGGAGGACUUUACAACCACCGAAUCCGACCGGAGUUCCACCGGAUUCUCGAGCACCAAUGAGAAUCUAUCGUUCGCCGAUUCCUCGGAAGCGGCGAAGAAGCUCCGAAGCUCGGAGAACGAGGGCGAAAUCGAGAGCGAAAGCGGCGAAGACGAAGCGCGAAAUCACGCCAGUUUCUCCGGGGUGGUGAAGGAGAUCCGGGAACUCUCGAGGGAGGAUUCUUCCUCGGAGUCUGGGCCGUCUAGUCACGCGAGCAGCGAAAAAUCUGAGGAGCCUCAGCGGGACUACCCUCUGCCGAUCUAUAACUACGGGCAAGAGGAGGUGGAGAUCGUGAAACUGAAUCAGAAGGGCUCGGACAGCAAGCAGCAGGAUUUCGAGGCGAUGAACGUGCCACGCGUCGCCCAUAAAGCUAGCGACAUGCGAGUGAUAACCAGAGAGGACGAGGAGUUUCUGAGAGAGUUCGAGAAGAAGUUCAGGGAGCAGUCCGGCGAGGCUGACAAGGUCGAAGAGCCCAAGGAACCUGAAACGAAGCCCGUGGUGCAGCGGGUCGAGAUCGUCGAGGUGCCCGUCCAGAAACGUCCCGAAUCCUCUCCCUCUUCCUCUUCUCCUUCCUUUUCCUCUUCGUCUUCCUCUUCGUCUUCGUCUUCGUCUUCGUCUUCUCGGGUGCUUGUCAACAUAACGAUCGCUUCCGGGGACCCCGCUGUUUCGAAACCGCUUUACGUGUUGUCCGUCUCGGUGCCCACCGGCUCCGAGUCCACCGACGUGAACGUACACCAAACGGAGCUGCACGAGAAUGUUCGAGAAGCACUCACGAAGACUGCUGGUAGCUCGGCGUCGCGGGAAAACGAUAACAGGCUGCCUCCGCCGCCGCAGCCACCAUCUUCGCCGCCGCCGCAGCCGCCCGUUUGGUCAGGCGGGGAAUGCGAAUGCUCCUGUCCCUGCAUGGGCUCGUCCUCCGACGAGUGGGACAACUUUUCAGGCAUCGACGAGACUCCGAUUUUAUACCCGGACAACCAUAAUCGCUCGGUGGACGAAGAGUCGCUGGAUCAACCGUUCGAAGUUGACGAAACCCAGAUGGCGACACGGAAGGAUAAAGAAGCUUCGACCGAGGAGUCGGUAAGCACCAGCUCCGAGAAUUAUACGGAUGCUACCGAAGAUUAUCGAGAGUCCACGGAGUCGGCCAUCGCCAGCUACGAGACCCAGAGUACCGUAUCCGAGUGCUCCGGGAAUACCCCGUUACCCCCUGUACCCACUAUACUGAUCUUGGAAGGUGCGAGAACUUUUCCUGCCAUGUCGUUCCCACCCGACGGGACGACUUUCGCCCAAAUCAACUUGGGAGAGAAGCUAAGCAAGGAAAUUCCGCCGUACAGCUACUGGAACAUGCAAUUCUACCAGUCGGAGGCCGCGUACGUGAGGUUCGACUACAAUAUCCCUCGGGGAGCGAGUAUCGGUGUCUACGCCCGGAGGACCGCUCUACCCACGCACACGCAGUACGAUCUCCUGGAGGUGUUGAGCGGCUUCAAAGCCAGGACCACCAGGGCGUCCCAUGUUAGUGUUAUUCCUUCGAUCAAGAAAGAGGUGAUCAAUUACAUGGAACCCGGUCACUGGUUCCUCUCGCUGUAUAACGACGACGGAGAUCCUCAGGAAGUCUCGUUCAUAGCUGUAAUCGCCGAAGAUAUGACGCAGAAUUGUCCGAACGGAUGCAGCGGUAAAGGGGAAUGUCUUCUGGGCCACUGCCAGUGCAUCCCUGGAUUCGGUGGCGAGGACUGCAGCGAGAGUGUUUGCCCUGUUCUAUGCAGUCAGCGCGGGGAAUACAUAAACGGAGAGUGCCAAUGCAAUCCCGGCUGGAAAGGGAAGGAAUGCUCGUUGAGACAUGACGAAUGCGAAGUGCCCGAUUGCAACGGGCACGGUCAUUGCACUAAUGGGAAAUGCAAUUGCGUGCGUGGCUACAAAGGAAAGUAUUGCGAGGAGGUGGACUGUCCUCAUCCCACCUGCUCCGGCCACGGUUUCUGCGCGGAGGGCACGUGUAUCUGCAAAAAGGGCUGGAAGGGCGCGGAUUGCAGUCAAAUGGACAAGGAGGCACUACAGUGCCUGCCGGACUGCAGCGGGCAUGGAAACUUCGAUCUCGAGACGCAGACGUGUCUGUGCGAGCCGAUGUGGUCUGGCGAUGAUUGCUCCAAAGAACUCUGCGACUUGGACUGCGGUCCUCAUGGCCACUGCGUGGACAACGCCUGCGACUGUCUGCCAGGAUGGUCCGGCGAGUUGUGCAAUCUGAAACAGUGCGAUCCACGGUGUAACGAGCAUGGCCAAUGCAAGAACGGAACUUGCUUGUGCGUGACCGGUUGGAAUGGCAAACACUGCACCAUGGAGGGUUGCCCGAAUUCCUGUUCCGGGCACGGCGCGUGCAGGGCAGUCAGCGAUGGACAGUGGGAGUGUCGUUGCUACGACGGCUGGGAUGGCAAAGAUUGCAAUGUUCUCGUUGAACAGAAUUGCAAUGACAAUAGAGACAAUGAUAAAGACGGUCUCAUAGAUUGCGCGGAUCCGGAAUGUUGCUCGAGUCACUCUUGCAUUUCCAGUCAGCUCUGCAUGUCGGCUCCGAAACCGAUCGAUAUACUUUUACGAAAGCAGCCGCCGGCCAUCACUGCUUCGUUCUUCGAGAGAAUGAAGUUCCUGAUCGACGAGGGCAGCUUGCAGAGCUACGCCCGCCUGGAGACCUUCAACGAGAGUAUGUUCUGGAAUCACUUCAAUACAAGCCGAUCAGCUGUUGUCCGUGGCCGCGUUGUCACGCAGCUUGGCACCGGUUUAAUGGGGGUGCGAGUUAGCACCAGCACGCCGCUGGAAGGUUUCACCCUGACGAGAGACGACGGCUGGUUUGAUCUUCUGGUCAACGGUGGUGGAGCUGUUACCCUGCAGUUUGGCAGGUCGCCGUUCAAACCCCAGAGCCACAUUGUCUUUGUGCCGUGGAACGAGGUGGUGAUCAUCGACAAGAUUGUGAUGAGUACAGCGGAGGAAAAGCAGCCGGUGCACAUCCCCCACGCCUGCGCCGCCCACGACUACGACUUGAUGAAACCGGUGGUUCUAGCAACGUGGAAACACGGUUUCCAGGGCGCGUGUCCUGACAAGAGCGCCAUUUUGGCCGAAUCCCAAGUGAUUCAGGAGAGCCUACAAAUUCCUGGCACGGGGCUGAACCUUGUCUACCACAGUUCCCGAGCGGCCGGUUACCUAUCCACGAUACAGCUUCAAUUGACCCCGGAAGUGAUCCCAUCGACCUUGAAUCUAAUCCACCUGAGGAUCACCAUCGAGGGCAUUCUGUUUGAGAAAACGUUCGAGGCUGACCCGGUGAUAAAGUUCACCUACGCCUGGAACAGGCUGAACGUUUACAGGCAAAGAGUUUACGGGGUGACUACAGCGAUGGUGAAGGUGGGAUACGAGUAUAACGAUUGCAAGGACAUCAUUUGGGACGUGCAGACGACCAAGCUCAGCGGCCACGACAUGUCCAUUUCUGAAGUUGGCGGCUGGAAUCUGGAUAUUCAUCACAGAUACAACUUCCAUGAGGGAAUCCUGCAGAAGGGAGACGGCUCUAACAUCUACUUGAAGCAGAAGCCUAGAGUGAUCCUAACUACUAUGGGAGAUGGGCUCCAGAGACCGUUGGAAUGCUACGAUUGCGACGGACAGGCGUCUAAGCAACGACUGCUUGCUCCCGUUGCUCUAGCCACGGCUCCGGACGGGUCUAUCUUCGUUGGUGACUUCAACCUGGUCAGGAAGAUCCUCGUCGACGGUACCGUGAGGACCGUUGUCAGGCUCAACGCAACAAGGGUGUCCUACCGCUACCACAUCGCCUUGAGUCCUUUGGACGGAUCUCUCUUCAUUUCUGACCCAGAGUCGCACCAGAUCAUCCGCGUCCGCAACAUCAACGACUACUCGGACCCCGACCAUAACUGGGAAACGAUCGUAGGUUCCGGAGAAAGGUGUCUUCCCGGCGACGAAGCUCAUUGCGGCGACGGCGCGCUGGCCAGGGACGCUAAACUCGCGUACCCUAAGGGAGUGGCAGUCUCAACGGACAACAUCGUGUACUUCGCCGAUGGGACCAACAUCAGAAUGGUGGACAGGGACGGCAUAAUCACCACAGUGAUCGGCAACCAUAUGCACAAAUCGCAUUGGAAGCCCAUUCCUUGCGAAGGAACGCUGAACGUAGAAGAAGUUCAUCUACGCUGGCCAACUGAAUUGGCGAUUAACCCUCUGGACAACUCGCUGCAUAUGAUCGACGACCACAUGGUGCUCCAACUGGCUCCCGAUGGCAGGGUGAAGGUCGUCGCUGGACGUCCGCUUCACUGUGCCUCGCCGUCUUCGUCGUUCGACACCGAGUUGGCAACGCACGCCACCCUGGUGAUGCCACAGAGCAUCGCGUUUGGCCCGUCCGGGAACUUGUACAUCGCCGAGAGCGACUCCCAGAGGAUCAACAGGGUCAGAGUGAUCGGCACCGACGGCAAGAUCUCGCCUUAUGCCGGAGCAGAGUCGAAGUGCAACUGCCUCGAGCAUGGCUGCGACUGUUUCGAAGCUGAUCACUAUCUGGCCUCUACCUCCAAGUUCAACACGAUAUCCGCGGUGGCUGUGUCUCCCGACGGUGUAGUGCACAUCGGUGACCAGGCGAAUUACCGGAUCCGAUCGGUGAUGGCUAGCAUUCCCGACGCUAGUGGGGCCAGGGAGUACGAGAUCUAUGCACCGGACACUCAAGAGAUCUACGUUUUUAACAGAUUCGGCCAGCACGUGGCCACCAAGAACAUCUUGACGGGCGAGAUCGUGUACCAGUUCACGUACAACGUGAACACCAGCAACGGCAAACUCAGCACCGUCACCGAUACCGCUGGCAAUAAAGUGUUCCUGCUGAGAGAUUACAGUAGCCAGGUGAACUCGAUCGAGAACACGAAAGGACAGAAGUGCAGGCUCAGGAUGUCCAGGAUGAAGAUGCUGCACGAGCUGAGUACUCCGGACAAUUAUAACGUGACGUUCGAUUAUCAUGGACCUACCGGCUUGCUGAAGACCAAGCUGGACAGCACAGGCAGGAGUUACGUAUACAAUUACGACGAGUUCGGCCGACUGACCAGCGCCGUCACACCGACCGGCAAGGUGAUCAGCCUGACGUUCGACCUGAGCCUGAAGGGAGCCGUAGUCAAGAUCGGGCAGAACAAUAAGAAGCCGAUCUCGAUGCUGAUCAAGGGAUCGUCGGUGGUUACAAAAGUGGGAGAGGCUGAGCAAAGGACCACGGUCCUAGCCGACGGUUCUGUCGGCCAGAUGACGCCGUGGGCUCACACCAUCAGCACGGACACUCUGCCGUACACCGUCCUAGCUGAGAUAGAACCGCUGUUGGAAGAGAGCUACCCGGUGCCGGCUAAGCAGAAAACAGAGAUCGCCGGAGACCUGGCGAACAGGUUCGAGUGGCGGUAUUUCGUGAGGAAGCUUCAGGGCACCAAGAACCGAGGUAACUCGAAAGGAGGAGUCGCACAGGUUGGCAGGAGGCUUCGCGUCAACGGGGACGUUCUUCUAUCGCUCGAGUACGACAGGGAGAGCAACAGCGUAGCCGUGACCCUCGACGAGAUGGAACUAUUGAAUGUUACCUACGACAAGACGGCGAGACCGAUCAAGUGGGGUCCCAGAAACAGCAUCUUCGCUGGCGUGGAGCUAGAGUACGACAGGUUCAGCAGGCUGACCAGCUGGACCUGGGGAGACAUCAGCGAGACCUACGGCUUCGAUAGAGCCGGCCGACUCUACGAGAUCAAAUACAGCGAUGGAACGUCGAUGGUCUACGCGUUCAAAGACAUGUUCAGCAGCCUGCCGUUGAAGGUGACGACACCGAGAGGCAGCGACUAUUUCUUACAGUACGACGAGGCUGGCGCGUUGCAGUCGUUGACCACUCCUAGGGGGCACAUCCACGCGUUCUCGUUGCAGACCUCCUUAGGAUUCUACAAGUACCAGUAUUACUCGCCGAUGAACAGACAUCCCUACGAGAUUCUCUACAACGACGAUGGACAGAUCCUGGCCAAGGUGUACCCUCAUCAAAGCGGCAAGGUCGCUUUCGUCUACGAUCAUACCGGAAAGUUGGAGACUACUCUUGCCGGACUAUCUUCGAUCCACUACACCUACCAAGAGACAACCAGUCUGGUCCACAGCAUCGACAUCAACGAGCCGAACUUCGAGAUGCGAUUGGAGUACAAGUACCACGCUGGCAUCGUCAAGGACGAGAAGAUCAAGUUCGGAAGCAAGAGCGGCCUGAACAACGCUCGCUACCGUUAUCAAUACGACGGCAAUGCGAGGAUAUCCGGCAUCGAGGUCGACAUCAACAGCAAACAGAUGCCUCCGCUACGAUUGAAGUACAACCAGAACCUGGGGAUGCUGGAAGGCGUCGGAGAUCUGAGGAUCCACAGGAACCUGUUCAACAAAUCGGUGAUGCAGGACAGCAGCAAACAGUUCUACACUGUGACGGACUACGACGAGCAUGGCAGAGUGAAGACCGUUCUAAUAAACAUACGGGCGUUGGAUGUCUUCCGCAUGGAGCUCGAUUACGACGACAGGAAUCGCAUCAAGAUGAGGAAACUGUCGAUCGGCGAGGACUCGAAGAUGGAGAAGAUCACGUACAAUGCUGACGGCCACGUGCUAGAGGUCGCGGACACCGAGAAUAAUUGGCAGUACGCUUACGAUGAAAACGGCAACGUGAUCGGGGUCACGGAGCACAACGAGAAGAUUGCUUUGGGCUAUGACAGCGGGGACCGCGUGGUCCAAUAUGGCGACGUCGAGUUCAACUCCUACGAUGGCCGAGGAUUCGUGGUCAUUCGCGGGGAGCACAAGUACAGGUACAAUUCGCGCGGCCAGCUGAUCCACGCGUCGGAGCAUAAGAAGUCGCAGAUCUGGUACUUCUACGACGACCGCGGCAGAUUGGUGGCAUGGAACGACGACCGCGAGAACAUCACGCAGUUCUUCUACGCGAACCCGAGGACACCCGAUCUGAUCACGCACGUCCACUUCCCGAAGUCGAUGAAGACCUUCCGGUUCCUCUACGACGCCCGCAACUUCCUCAUCACCGUGGAGACGUCCGAGCAGAGGUUCUACGUCGCAGUCGAUCAGAACGGCUCGCCGCUCGCGCUGUUCGACACCAACGGCAACCUGAUCAAGGAAAUGAGGCGAACGCCCUUCGGCAAGAUCAUCAAGGACACCAAUCCGGACUUCUACCUGCCGAUCGACUUCCACGGCGGUCUCCUGGAUCCCAACACCAAGCUGGUUUAUCUGAACAAGAGACUGUACGACCCGACCGUCGGCCAAUGGAUGACACCGGCCUGGGAGCAAAUGGCCAACGAGCUGACCACUCCGACGGACAUCUUCAUCUACCGCUUCCGGAACAACGAUCCGAUCAACUUCAAGCAGAACGUCGAGUACAUGACCGAUUUGGCCAGCUGGCUGAAGCUCUACGGCUACGAUAUCUCCGCGAUGCUGGGCUCGGAAUACAUGAAGAAGAUGGUGUACCAGCCGAGCGCCACGAUCACGUCUCCCCAACUGACCCCGGACUUCGGAGUGAUGUCCGGUCUUCAGUGCAUCGUGGAUCGAGUGCACGAGAAGUUCUCCGACCUGGGUUUCGUUCCCAAGCCUCUCCUGAAACUGGAGCCGAAGACCAGGAAUCUGUUGCCGCGAGUGGCCCAUCGUCGCGCUGUUUUCGGAGAAGGUAUCCUGGUGUCGAGGGUCGGUGGACGGGCAUUGGUGAGCGUCGUGGACGGCGCGAUGAACAGGGUCGUGCAGGACGUGGUCACCUCGGUGUUCAACAACUCCUACUUCCUGCCGCUACACUUCAGCGUCCACGACCAGGACGUGUUCUACUUCGUGAAGGACAACGCGCUGAAGAUCAGGGACGACAUGGACGAGCUGCGUCGGUUGGGCGGGAUGUUCAACGUGUCGACGCACGAGACCACGGAGCACGGGGCUGGCACCUGGAAGGAGCUGAGGCUGUUCAAUCCGGACGCUGCCGUGGUGAUCAAGUACGGAGCUGAUCCCGAGCAGGAGAGGCACAGGAUACUGAAACACGCUCACAAGAGGGCCGUCGAGAGGGCCUGGGAGAUCGAGAAGCAGCUGGUGAUGGCCGGGUUCCAGGGCAGGGGAGACUGGUCCAAGGAGGAAAAGGACGAACUGAUCAAUCGGGGCACCGUGAACGGUUACGAGGGCGUCGAUAUCCACAGCGUUCACAGAUACCCUCAGUUAGCCGACGAUCCCGGCAACGUCGCGUUCACCAGGGACACCAAGAGGAAACGACGGAAGAGCGGAAACAGACGGAACAGGAUCCACAGGCACGACUCGUGAUUCAAGGAUGUGACGCGAGAUCGUAACGCUAUUUGGGACUUGGUUCACGCGCCCAUGUGAAUUCACGUAUAUGUCGGACAGACUUGACGAAAGAACAAUGAAGAGAGACAAGACUAACGUUCUUUACCUACGAUCAAGCACCGCGCCCGGAAAAUGGGCCCGGUGCUCACCAUACAUCAUCCCCCGAACCGUUCUCUCCGUUCUCUUCUGACCGCGCUCGCGCAACAAAGAGGGAAGUGUGUCCGAUCGAGUGCUAUUUUUCUUAUUUUUCACGUAUGAAAACCCCGCUCGGUGUGCCAUAAAAUAGCGUUGCUGCUUGUGAUUCAACUGUCUAUAAUCGUUUACCUUUCCCGAUCGCGCAACGCGAUCCGCGGCCGAGUCGUCCGCCGGUGUGCGCGUCGGGAACUGAGCUAGUCACGUUAGUAACGAAACGGAGAAAGUAAUUAAAACGAUGCUUGUUACGUGGCGAAACAAUUAGUUUGUAACAAGCGCGAGAGAAAGGACGACGUGGACUCCGCGAGAGCAAGACACGAGGUGCGUGCAGGAACUUUCCCCAAGGUGCCGUCCGUGACGAGAUUACGACGAGUGCGUGGAAGGGAUGAGGGAGACACGCAGCAAAAGAUUCGAACAGGACACACUAAGCAACUGUACUCUCGUGUUAUUCGUUCCGAGUGUCGAACCGGUGUUUCCAUGCAACAGGGUCUAGGAGGCGUGCGCGUUUCAACUUCGGCGAGCUUCAUUUAGGGAAAACGAGAAAUGAAGACGGGAAAUGACGAACAUGACGGUGAAAAGAGAGAGAGAGAGAGAGAGAGAGAGAGAGAGAGAGAGAGAGAGAGAGAGAGAGAGGAAAAGAGAGAGAGAAAGAAGGAAGCAAGAGAAAAGCACAGAUAUGCAACAAAAUAUUUUUAACAUGCGAUGGUGUAAUUGCGCGAGCCGUGCGACUGUACAUAUAGCUACUAACCGUAACUGUAGAUAAUAUAUAAUAUUCGAGAGAGAGAGAGACCGGUAAACUUAAGUGGAAACUGUCGAUAAUGCUUUUGUAUAUGUACACAGACACCGAACACAGGCGUACACACGUACAUCGCAACACGUACAACACACACGUACAAUACAUACACACGCGCGCGCGCGCGCGUGUACAAAACCGAGGGAAACGUGUGAACGGUACGCGAGAGACAGUCCUUGACGAUCUUGGUAAAAGGGUAAGUGUGCGAAAAUCGGUAAUUAGAUCUUUCGUGAAAUAACCGAAGGAAUCGAAUGAAUUUCUGAAAUCAGGUUCGCGGAUGAGUAUGAAUAUUCGGACACCAGUAUCCCAGGUGACGUGUCGGUCGGAUCCGGCUUCACUAGAUCGUAGCGAUCCACGAUCGAGCGUUCUGUUGUAUAUAGUUUGAUACGUAUGAAACGUUCGCGUGUCGUACCAGAUAUAAAUAUAUAUAAUAAUAAUAAUAAUAAUAAUCGAGCAAGAGAUUUGUAACGAGGCUUUUCACGUGAAGCCUCGUGAUCGGUAAUUCGCGUGAUUUGGUAGAAAUGCCCGCCGUGACGUAACAAGAUAAAGCAAUAGACGGGCGAAACGAGUUUCGUGACGGUGAACACGCGUCGAGUAAUAUCCCACGGUGGUAUAACAAUAUAAUAAUAACGAUAAUAAUGAUCAUAUAACGGUAAAGUAAUAAUAACGAUGAAUGAAAUAAUAGGUGAUAACGGAUAUGAUAAUAUCUAAUAUUAAAUGAUAGUAAUAACUAAAUAAAAAAGGAAGAUAAUAGUACAUAAUAACGAUGAUACUAUUGUACGAAAAAAUACCCAGCCUAUCUUUCUACUAAAAAUGAGAAAUUAUUUUUUGAAUUGUGUCGUCAAAGAAUAUGUCCUAUGUGAAACCGUGUGUCUGUGGGAUCGUCCCGUGGAAAAUCAACCCCUUUCCCACAUCCCACCCCCUGAUCCCUUACCCCUAUCAAAAAGAACGCAACCGAUGAAUAAGAAAAAGGAAAAGAAGAUAAUGAUGAUGAAGAAGAAGAAGAAGAAGAAGAAAAAGAAACCUCCACCCUUUCUGUAUGAAUAUAGUUGAAAAUUGAUCGGUGUUUGUCAAAUAUUGGGUAAACGAAGAGGAGGCGGAUAAAAAUGAAAAAUACCAAAAAAUCGUAGAGCUCUCUGUGGUACGGAUCCGAGGGUGAAGUUUUAAGAUGACAUAGAAAGUAACGAGAAAAAAAGUAAAAACGCUAAUGGGAAAUGAUAAUGAAAAUAAUGAAAAAACACGCGCUAUAUAAUACGUACGGUAAUAAAAAUUAACGUAAUAGAGAAGAAAAAUAGAGCGGGCCAGCGUGCGGAGCGAAACACGUAGCUCGGCCACGUUGUGUUCCAGGUAGUUGUACGGUGAAUUCCAAGCAAAACAUACAUAAUCAUAAUUACAAAGUAACGAUACUAGUUGAGAGAGUGAGAGAGCGCGCACGCGAGAGAGAGAGAGAGAGAGAGAGAGAGAGAGGGAGAAAGAAUGUGUGUGAGAAAGAAUGAACAAUUUAGAGAAAAAACGGAAACACGAUUAAAAGAGUGUGCUAGCGCGUCCCUUUGAUUAAGAAAUGAUUAACGAUACGCCGCUGUACAUAUCCGUUCAUGGAUAGCAAUUAAAAACGUCGUGGAUUCGCCAAGUGUCCGCGUCCACCCACGAAAAUCAGAAUUUUCUACAAAGUAUCCGAUUGCCAGACAAUGUGCGUUAGGUUCGUUCGUUCGUUCGUUCCAUUCAUCGAGUUGAAAAUUACUCCGGGAUCGUCCGGACGCGAUCAGUUACGUUUCAUCGGACACGACAGUUCCAUUUACGUUUGCUGAAACCACCAUCGAAAUAUCUCUACCCUUGAUCGGCGAGGCGGAGUCCGGCUGCUAACACGAGGCAUAUCAAUCUGUGAUGAUUCAACGUUUUCAAUACACCCGGUCAUGGUUAUGCGUUGUAUGCAUGCACGAAUUUCAUUCGCUCCUCAAAAUUAAUCCGAAGCAUUCCGCCGUUCAGGCUCCCCUCGCUGAUUAGGGGCAGUCGACGCCUGCGACGUUCCUUUUUCGCUGUUCCUAGAUUUAUCCUCGGUUAUACUUCGAUCCUUCGGAUAGCUUCGUGAUUGUUCGCCGGGAGACGCGGGAAAGCGGACGAGGUGUUAAAGAAUCGUAAGCUACGGUGAAUAGCGGUCUUCUAUUUUACCUCGUUAACUAUUAUAACAUCAUUCGAACAUUAUCAAAAGGAUGCAGAAAAGAAUUAUUUAUCACAUAACUGUAUAAUGGGACACGAAGAUAAGAAAUAAUUCCAAGACAUUUCGAGUGUUUUCUGUUAUAUUUUCCCAUCAAGUGUUACUAACUUCGCCAAAAUCAGAAAUUAUAACGAAACUAGGUCCACAGAUAAUUCCAAUCUCAUUUAACACAAAUUAAUACCUUGUUCGAAACCUGCCAAGCCGCGAAAUCCAAAUAUUGGAGCAAGGACGCAUCGGAUGCAGGGUUGUAUCAGGUCCCGUCAAAACGACAUUAACACCUCGGACCGCCAAAUGCUUGUCUUAUUUGUAGCCCUGAAAUCCUCCGUUACCUGUUACCCGCCACGUAGUAUCGUUCUAAAAUAUUCAGUGUGCGAGAAGGUAGUGUGUGCCACCCCCGAAUGCAGGAGUCGGCAGGCACCGCCGAUCUUCUAUGUGUAUUUCGUUCGCUCGCGUGAGUGCCACGCGAUAGGAACGAAACAAGGGAGAGAGAAAAAGAAGAAACAAAAAAAUGAUGAAAUAUGUUAAUUUUACGCUUAGCGCCGUGGUCACCUUCGAGCGGCGAGCAGCGCCAUGAGAAUUCUGCAAACAAGUUCGAGGGUCGAGUCAACAAUCACAAAAUACGUCCAAUGUGCGGAGAGAGAGAGAAAAUAAAAGAAACGAAAAAAUGGGGGGGAUAGGGGCAGAAUUCUUGCGGAGUCUCGAUCGCAGCGGCGGCGGAGUGGAAACCGAUGGAUCGUCCGCUGCGACUCGGAUGGGGACGAACCACGAUCGGCACGUGACUAAAAGAAAGCAAUACUUCGUAACUAUCGCGUAUGUCUAACGAGAUUUAAUGUCUCUGACGAGAGCAAGAAAGUCGAGAGAUAGAGAGAGAGAGAGAGAGAGAGAGAGAGAGAGAGAGAGAGAGAGAAGCGUUAUCGUAAGAAUGGUAAAAAAACGCGUGCAAGAGAAAGAAUGAGUGAGUGAGUGCGAGCGAGAUUUGUUAUAUGGUAUAUUAAUAUAUAACGAAUUGUGUUAAAUAAUAGCAGAAAGAAGGAAAGAGUCGUGCGCGGUUUUCCUUUUUAACGAACUGAAAAGGUUUCCGACCGCCUCGGUAAAGUACGGCAAGUAUGCGGUUCAUCGGUGUUCUCGUUUUCCGUUUUCCUUUUAUCGAAACGACGAUUGCGUGUCCUCCGCUCCUUUUUGUACAUAACCACGCGUCGUUGACUAAGAAACUCCGAUUUCUCUUUCGUUCCGUAUUGUUGAUCGCCGCGACACUUUUCUAUAUUGCUCACAAGAAACGCAUCGUUCGGAUGAAGCAGACACAGACGGUGUCGAUUUCUAAGGUGUUCAAGGUUAUCGGUAGCGAUUCUUACUCUCCUAUACCAGCGCGUACGGGUUGCGCCCUUUGCAGCGAUGGGUGUUUUUUUGCGGAUAAUUCGAUCCUCUUCUCAGCUCGGUUCGACAAUAUGAUCACUGCGAAAAAUGAAAAGUCCAAUACUUGACAGAAUCUUGAACUCUGGGACCUAGAGAAACGCGAUCCUGUUUCUUGUGACACGGUUUUCCUUUGCUCGCAUGAAACUUUAUCGAGUAACCGACAAAUGUUUCCUAUUGGCCGACCAGAGAGGGGGAACUUACAAGGUAGACGCGCUGCAGAUUUCUAUCCAUUUAUAGCCUCUAUAAGCUUUUUAACACUGGAACUACCAAAGCGAUAACUUUGUAUGUAUUGCUUUUCAAUGUAGCAAGACCGCAUUUAUCAAAACGUUACACGGUCAUUAUUGCAAUGUAUAUUUGAUCAAAUAUGUAUGUCCAGUAAAUGUCCAGGAGAACAUCUUUAUAAUCUUUGAUAGUUGUGAUAGACGAUAAUAAGGAAUCUGAAAAAUCUGCCAGUUCGAUGUGUUCGGUAGUUCUAGUGGUAAAUAGCGGUUCAACCGAUUCUUACCGAAUUAACUACAAAUCGAUACUGCCAUGUAAUAUCAGCAACAUCGCGAGAAUAACGAAGGAAUCACCUAAAUCAGUUGCAUCUACUCUUUGGACAAUUAUUUAGAAGAUGCAUCAUUUCGUAUAGGAAUGGAAAAUUGCAUAAACAACCACGGUAUAGUUCUAAGUAGCUCGUUUUAAGUCGUUCCAACGUUCAAUUUAUGCCAAAAACUCGGUGACCAAGGAUGACGAUAACAGUUCCGUUGAUUAACGAACUAUCAUUGCAAAUGGGAAACGCGUGCGAUAGUCACGUGUCACUGACCACAGCCCCACAGGGUAGUAGAGAUUUUAUAUCGACGAUCGUUCAGAAAAAAACCUGCUGCAAUAAUUCGACAACUGGCGCGCGCAUCGCCCGAUAGUAAUCGUAACGAGAAAGAACUCAUGCCAAUGGAUAGGAAGAAGAUCCCCCGGAACCCAAAUCGAUCCCAUCGGCCUCUUUUUCAGCCGUUCGUCGCAGUUCGUCCGUUCUUCUGUAUCCUGUGUUCGUUCUUUCGUGGAGAUUGUACAUAUUAAUUGCGAUCAUUAUGUAAAUACUUUUGGAACACGUACACACUCACACAAGAAGAACCACACACUCAUGUAGCCGGUGGGCAGGAUACAGAGAAUUCGUAAGAUCAAACUCUAGAAAAUCGAAUCCAUUGCUGAAACCUAAUUGACUGUUCGAUGUGCGGAUCCGUUGAUUUUUCAUGCAACUUGACCUUUUCGAGAACAAUUAUUCAAAAUCCUGAAGAAUAGUGUUACGGGUCCGAUGCAUCUUGUCCACCCGCUAUGCACGCGCGUGCAAUCUGUCCCGCGUGAGGUUUAUUUUAAAGACUACAUCAUUAUAUAUGAUACCAUGUAAUGAUAUUUAACAGUAAGGUAACAUAUAUUCUAUACUCUUACACGCUAAGUACUCAAUAAAUAUAUCUAUAAAAUUUC